GCCGGACGAGUUGGUCCUGGGGAGCUACUGAAGGCUGCCCUGAGGAGUCCGGUCAAGGCCGACAAGUGUGCUGUCAGGUCUACGCCGUCUGUGACCAGCUCAAGCCUCGAGGACCAGGCUGCUUUGCGAGAGAUCGUGAAGGCCUUCGUAGAGAUUGGCGUCCGCGGUCGCCUCGUCGAAGCGCUUCGUGGCGAUGGGAGGCCCCAGCCCGUCGUGUUUCGGCUGAGCCGUGAGGUGGACGCAUUUGAGAUUGGCCCUGAAGCAGGCCGAGGUCAUCGGGUGGCCCUCACGGAGGUGUCUGCUGUGUACACCGGGUGCAGCCCAAGAGCCAAAGAGCUCGCCGCGACGAUGCCAGGUCUAGAUGCCUCCUGUGCCGUUGUCGAUCUGACGGAUGGUAGGUGUCUUUCACUGCGGUUCCCCGUCGAUCGGGGCGGUCCCGAGGCACAAACUGCAGAGGCCGGACAGUCAUGCAAGCAUUAUGAUCGUUGUGAUCCAUGCAUAUCCAUGCCGCUUGCCCUUUGA